AUGAGUAAAUUCCGAUCCCCGGGCACGCGGGCAAACAAUGGAGGUUCCAUCAGAGGGAGAAUUGGACCGCCUAUACCCAUACCAGAUGACGAUGAAUUUCCUAUCAGAACCCCUGGGACUGGAAUCGCAACCCCAGUUGGGACAGGAAGUGUCGAACGAUCACUGGGCCGGAGAGGAUCUAAUGCUACAGACCAUUCAUUACAACAGACCGGGAAUGCUGCAAGCGGUUUUACAGACCGGCCACGGUCUGCCUCCAUUCCCGCUCAACCCAUAGCAGAGGAGCCGCCUCGGCGUACGACUCAGCCAAACGCUUUACGAAACUCCACGGCGAGUAUACCUUCAGGAACAAGUGCAGAGAAGCCUCAAAGAAAAAAGUCCUCGUUGAGAUCAGUACUGGGGAAACUUUUUGGGAAGAAGCGGAAGGGUGGUAGCAACACAAUACAUGAGAAUGGCCGAAGUACAAGUGGAGUUCGUGAUCAGCAUCGCAGUGACCCAACUGCUUUGAAUAGAAAUACGAAGAGCACGCCUAGUCCUCAGAAGCGCUCUGCCUCCCUUCCUGUCAAUGAGUACAACCGCGCAUUACGUUCUCAUUCGACUGCACUAGAAGAGUUCCACGAAAAUGGCGCGCUCGAACACAAUCGGGAGUCGAUACAAGCAGAUGGCCGGACCAGGCCUCGAAGGGCCACCACACUUAGUCGAUUGUGGACGCCAAACACAACACUGGGUCGUGCGGACUGGACUGGCCUCUCACCAAGGCCUGCAAGUAGUCAUGUUCGAGGUAGCAGAAUCAUCACCGAUGCAGAGGCUGAAGAAGCUAUUGGUAUGGCUAUCACGAGCGGCAGCCACCCCAAGAGAAGAUCGCGUAGUCUUGGCGAAUUGAGGAAAGCUUCCGCUUUGCCAGCAAAAGCAAGACGCCGAAGUGAUGAAAUCAGAUAUUGGAGAGAGAGUUAUGACCCUGGAGUCUUGUCGCCCAUGUCGUCGAACAAAGCGGAACCCGAGGAACCAAUUGUGCUAGCGGAUGAGUCUGAAUAUAUUCUCGAGCCUGAGGAGCAGCCUCAGCCUUUCAAUUUUGGGCCAAUGGGCGAGAUGGCAGGGAUGAAGAUCACUCAAGCUGCAAGUCUUGACACCCGAGUCCAACGCCUAGAAGAGAGAUUGCAGAAGGUGGAGCGGAUUAUAUUACGGUCCCGGGGCGCACAUCCUGAUGCUCUGCAGCUCCAGGAUCCGCCAAAAAGGAACCCUAACAGGACUCAGAGCAAAUCCUUCACUCGUCCAGGAACCGACAACUCGGAAAACUCACUCCCAAAACAUGACAGGCCGCGAGAUACAUAUCAGCCACUCCAAGAAUCGCAAAACAUUCGAAACCGGUCUCCUGUCUAUAGCCGUCCUUCGACGGUUGACACCAAUUCAUCCUAUCAACACUCGCUGGAACCUUUCCUUGCACUUCCAAGUCCUAAUGGAGCUCUAGAUCCGAAGGAUAGGAACGCACGUCCUUUGUCUACGUCUACUACAAUUCGAGGUAUACCCUCGAGCUCCCCCACGAUGCCAAAGGAUGGAUACCUCACCAUUGAGCAUUACACAGCUCUUACCAACAUGAUAGCAGCCGAGCAAGUCGCGCGGCAGCAGCUCGAACUCAUUGUCCGUAGUCUCCAACAACAACUACAAGCUUUGCGCACAUCGGCGCCAGGUCCAUACCACACACCGGAAUCAAGUCACGUAAUAGAUCCUCUAAUUGAUAUCCCGGGCGGAGAGUUCUCCAGCUUCGAGCAGGAUGACGAUACGAGUGAUGAUGAAGAGGAUUAUGGGGCGGAAGCAUUCCAGACUCCGCAAGAGGAAAGAACGAGUUACAGGGAUGACACUUUCGGCGAUGUGAUGAACGAGGGUGAAAAGAACUCGCCGAGGACCAUGUCACUAAGUCAGAUGACUCUAAAUAAAGGGCUGCAGUGUAUGUGA